AUGAGCACCGCCUCUUCAGAAUGGAAGCCUGUGCUCACAGCCAAGUCUGAGGCAUCUGACCGUACGGUCUCUGAUGUCCUUACUAGUGAACUUCUUCGUGAAAACCCUUACUCCAGGGAACCAAAGACCUCGUCAUCAACACAUGAAAGACUUGAGGUCCAGACAGACUCUUCACAGCUGUCCAUGCCAGCAUUGUCUUACUACCAGUACAGCACAUAUGGGGAACUGCCAGAACCCAAGAACAAGGAGCUUCCCAACAAGCCCCCUGCUAGCGGCAACUCCAACAUGAUCGACAGAAGGACCCAUCUCCAGCUUCAUAGUGGCCCACUUCACCAGGUGCCAGAACGUUUCUCCCAAUACAUUGCAGAUCCUCCCAAAGCCUCCGGGUCCCACAGAUCGUCAAGUCUUUACAGUGACCGUCGUGAUAUUUCUGAUUCCAUGGGAUCCCAGGCCACCAUCUUCUCCACCAGAGAGGACUCGUUGAACCAGAGGUCGAAAUCCAAAAUCAGAAACAGGGCCAUGUUGAGACGGAAGCCUACUAAGGCAGGUCCUGAUUACGGUAAAGAUGCAUCACUGGGUCUCUUUAGACGCAAAGCUGUCCGCUCUAAAGAAGGCUCCAUAAGCUACAGAAUGAAGCUUAGGCUCAGAAAAAUGGUUGCAAAAUUGAAGGCCAUGAAGCACUGGCCCAAGAGAAUCCACGCUUUCGUUACCAGAAAGAAGGCAACGCAAAGAGCUACAAUGAGAUCAAACUCUCGCAGAAGCCAAAAGGCCAGCGGGCCUGCGGUUAUUUCUGCCCCUCUUAAAAACCCGUACUUGGGCAGCGAACAAGGCGCUGCUAAGGUCGAGGGACUCACUGCCGAUCUCAAACACAUGGCUGGCCAUGAUCAUCAUGAUCGUUCGGCACCAGCACCUGAAACCACCACAGUUGCAUCCCCAGUAUCCAAACCAAGCAAAGACGGUAAAUGGUCGCAUCUUUCCAAGUACAUCAGUGAACAGCAAGAACUCAGCAGUCCAGGUCUGCUCAAACCUUACAAUUCGAACGCAGCAUUUUCAGACCCUUCGGCUCCUCAACCUCCUCCCCACACGGUCUCUGCAUCCCUCGAGAAGCAGAAGAUCCAGGUUCUUUGGAAACGCUACUUGUCAAAUGUGCUCGCUCAGAGAAUCCAAAUACGCCAGGAAAUCACAUUGUUCCAAGCCCUCAUGGCGGGCCAGAGCGUACCAUCUAUGUUGAAGGGCAGCCCCGAGGUUGCUUCUUCUUAUAACGCUAGCAUUGUGAAGGGAGGUAGUGAAAGAGGUACCAAUUCUUCGCAUCUCGGUGAUCCAGUUUCUCGUGCCGGUUCUGCUGCCUCUAAAAAGGUGCUUGCAAGAACAAUUGCAGAGUCAGAUGUUCCAGACGAUGAUGACGCUGUUUCUCUCGUUUCCGUAUCCGAUUCCAUUUUAUCGGAUAUCGACAAUGUUUCCUUGCCUGAAGAGGUAUCCGACUGGGAGGAGGACUCUACUGUUGAGAAGCUUCACCAGACUCUCAACCGCCGCUCUGUGCUUGGCGAGAUGUUGGACUACGAGUCCGACGACGCCUCUCUGGAGUCAGGCUCCUCCGUUUACCUGAACCUGUGUUCCCAAUCUGCCACUGAAUCUGCCAUAAUCAAACGCUACGGUACCCUUCGGCGCAACAGGUCUAAGGCCACUACUCCAGGACCAAGAAGAUCUGUUCUGACUCCUCCAGUUGCCACUCAAGCCAUGGUCCAGGAUAUCGAGCCCCGCCUUCUCCCAAGGUCUUCAGGCAUCCAUUGCAACUUGAACCAAGCAAACUAA